UUCAUAACUAAAUCAAACAAAAGAAGAAUUUAAUAAUAAUGAAUGAAAAGUUGGAUCCUUCCGUGCCUUAUCCUGGCCAAUCCCAGCCUUUCCUCCAACCUCAACCUCAACCUCAACCUCAACUCCAACCCCAACCUCAGAGCAAUAAAGCUCGCAGGAUUGUUCAAGGUCUAUUGCUUGGUGCUGUUGUUGGUCUGUUUGCAGUUAGUCAAUGGACAUCAAUUGACUUGAACCCUUUCAAGCCUAUCCAUCAGGAUUCCCCUUCAGAUCUCUCUGAGAUCACAGACUUGCAGGGUCCUGCUGACCUCUCUCACUUUAUGGAGUCUCUUCAGGAUUCAUUUGGUGGAUGUCACGGUGAAUUGUACGCGCCUGACUAUGAAGAUGAGUACGGUCGCUUGCAUUCAAUUGACAGUCUGGAUGACUGCAGUGGCAAAAACAGUAUAUUGGAACACUGCAAACAAAACAUUGCCUUUCCUCCAAGAGAACUCCAAAAUCUUGGGCGCCCUCCUCGUCGUCACGAGCAUUUCUGCAAGCCAGAAGAUCUUCACUCUCAAUUUAAUGUCUUCUCUUUCUCACCAGACACAUUCAAACAUGCCUCUGUUAUCUUGGAGGGUCACUUCUCUCGUGGUGGACAUGUUGUCAUUGAGAAAUCUACCUCUAGCCAUGUUGAGGACGUUCAAAUUAAUGUUACACUUUAUGCCGGUCGCAAGCACCUUUUCGAUCAAGUUUCGCUCACCGGAUUUGACAACGAGGGCAACUACACUGUCGAGAUCAAACGUGCCAAGGACUCCAAGAGAAGAGAAUCGUCCCACAAGCCUCCCGUCAAGGCCGACUGUCUUAUCUUCAAGAUUUCUGUCGUACUGCCUACCCAUCUGGACAAGUAUGAUUCCCUCUCACUCCAUCUACGCUCUGCAAGCCGUGUGAGUGGCAAGGGUCUCGAUGGAAUUGAGUUUGAUACUUUCAGAGCUGGUGUUGGACAAGGCGCAAUCAUCUUUGACGGACUGAAGGCUAAGCAUGCUCAACUUGGUGUUCUUUAUGGUGUCGUCAUGGGAACCUACCAGCCCUCGGAACGCUUUGAGGCGGGUACAAUCCGAGGCGCGACUCAAUUGACGGUCGAGCCCCAGGCAGACAAUACAAACAUCACUGUUGCAUCCGUAUUUGGACGUGCAGUAGCAGACAUUCCUUCUGACUAUUAUCAAGGAAAUUUCUUGACCUAUAGUUGGUCUACUCCACCUACUAUUGAAGCAGCCCAUCCUGAGGAUCUUCAUGUAACCGAGUACAAGUAUACUCUCAAGAAAGGAUACUUUAAGAAACAAGACACAGAAUCUAAUGUUGUUGUACACAAUAAGCAUGGUUUGACCAAGCUUCACUUCACUUAAGUUAUAUAUAUAUGUAUAUAUGUAUGUAUAUAUAAGGUUCUUCUCAAAAUCAAUACAAGAACAAAAACAAGUAUGCAAAUAUCAAUAUUU